AGACGCUGUCAGUCGGUGCGAGAGAAGAGAUGCGUUAGGUACGUAGAGGAAGGAUACGUCAAGAAGUCGACAUGACAAGUGUAACAGCAUGGAAUAGCAUUGAAGGUUUACCAAAACAAUUUGUGAAAUCACUUCGUGUACUUUUCGACAUUUUGGACGAACAGCGGUGUGGUUAUGUUCGAUUUGUCGACAUAGAAAGCAGAUGGCACGAGGAAGGGGUGCAGGGGCUGCCAAGUGGGGUAAUCGAAGCUCUACGGAAAGUAACUCCUCAAAAUGGUUACCUUAGUUUUGAUCGAUUUGUCGCCGGUUUGAAACUUGCCAUGCUAACGAGUAGAAAUCCCAGAAUACACGAUCACCAUCAAAGACAUGAAUAUCGUACACAUAAUAACCACAUCAACGGUGACGUUCAGAAUAUACAAGAAAAGGAAAAUAGAACUGAAAAUGUUAUCAGGAGAACAAACCAGCCACGUAAUGAUGCUCCCCAGCCUCCAAAGAGAUCUAGUCAUAGUGCUUUACCACAAAACAGAUACAAUACAAUCAAUACUGCCGCUGUCAAACCAAAUAAUGUACUUAAUGCGUUACAUGAUCGAAGUAAUGUUAGAAAAGAAAGUACAGAUCACUCAGAAAAAUAUCACACAAGAGAAAAAGUUUCAUCAUAUAGCUCUCACCAUGAUGUCCCAGUUUCACCAAUAUCAAAAUCUUCUGUUGACUCUGUAAAAGACAAUCACAUUACCAAUAGCGUUAACCCUAACCCUCCUCAAGUUCCUCCUCGGGACAAAAGCAAACGCAUCAUAAGUGAAUUGAAGAACUGGCAGCGGAGAAUCAAUGAACCUGGACAUCCAACAGUUGUUAAGAAAGAACAUUUCCAACAAGCCAAAAGUGAUUCACACUUGCUGGCCCAAAACACUCAACCAACAGCUGCAGGAGUCUAUGCUAACAUCGAGCAGGUUGGCAGGGUGUCACAAAGCAAUGAUUCUGAUCCUAAGUCCCAAAGUUCCUCCCUUCCACAAAAGUCAGGUGUCACAGUUCGCCGGCAGAACUCUGCACGGAGACACACUCUAUCCAGUGGGGUAGAUUACAGUAUGAUCAAAAGACUGAGACAAUUGGAAAAGGAAAAGGAAAUGUUGAUGCAAGGACUGGCAAUAGUAGAACAGGCUAGAGAAUGGUACCAAAAACAAGUCCAGACUAUCGACGAGAAACAGAAAUAUGUUGGCAAGGCCACUUAUAAUGAUAACAACUUGGAGGCUAAUCAGGAAAGAAUGAAUUUCCAGCAGGCACGUGUUUCCGAGGUCAACCAACAGCUGAAAACUCUCAUAGAGAGUUCAGAAAAGGGUUUUCCACUGCACAUGAACCUUGCUGUCCGCCCUUCUAACAACACCAUGUACCCUGAGGAGACCAUCAAGAUGCUGAAGGAUCAGAAUAGACAACUCACUCAGGAAGUUGGACAGAAGGGAGAUAUGAUCUCAAAGUUAGAAAAGGAAAAGGCAACUCUAGUCCGUGAUCUGUUUGAGGCAAGAUCCCAGAACAAACCAACAAAUUACGACGACACAACCUUCAUGUAAAAAAACAUCAGCUAGUUAUGAGGACACGACUUCAGUAUGAAAACAAACCAGUCAGCUUGACAGCAACUUUUGUACCCUACAAAGUGCUAUUAGAACUUCUAUCAUGGAAAUAAAAAGAGCUGGAGAGAAAAAAUCUGCAUUUACUGUGUACAUGUAUCUGCCCCUAAAAUACGCUUUUACAUGAUGAAAGUACUAUCAGUCUGGUAUUUCUAAAAGAAAUGUUGAUGACAUCUGUAGGCACUGGUGCGAUCUAUAAAGUAACCAAAGCACUUUAACAUUUAAUUAGAUUUCUGUUGUACCAGGUAUAAUGUAUUAUUACUUUCAAAUUUUCUGAUAAUUGUCAUUAAUACAAAAUUGACAAUAGUGAGUGAGCAGUACGGUUAUAUUUUGAAGGAAAUGUUUUUUUUUUAAAAAGAGGUAGAACUGUGUAACAGCAAUCAUUUAUUGACUUUUCAAUCAUAUUAAAACUUAUAACUGUGUAUGAUUGUAUACUAUGGCCAUUUUGAAUGGCAUUGCAUCAGAUGUCUAAACUGCAAAAAAUAUAUAAUACAUGUACCUGGUACAUGAACUGUUUUAAUACAAAUAAAAUAGGAUUUAUUUUAAGAAUGCUUUAUUUGUCAAGAAAAUUUCUAGCCUGUCAAUUACAUGUGCAAAUGGUUGACUCAGAAACUAGAGCAGAAAAAUGUUUUGUUUGUGUGUCGCUAAUGUUCUGAAAAUUAAUGUUGUACCGUAUCAUGGUACAGCUUUAAGUCCAUCACGGUGGAGUGUUGUACUGUAUCACUGUACAGCUUUAAGUCCAUCAGGGUGGAGUGUUAUACUGUAUCACAUUACAGCUUUAAGUCCAUCAGGGUGGAGUGUUAUACUGUAUCAUGGUACAGCUUUAAGUCCAUCACGAUGGAAUGUUGUACUUUAUCACGGUACAGCUUUAAGUCCAUCGCGGUGGAGUGUUGUACUUUAUCACGGUACAGCUUUAAGUCCAUCAGGGUGGAGUGUUAUACUGUAUCAUGGUACAGCAUUAAGUCCAUCAGGGUGGAAUGUUGUACUGUAUCAUGGUACAGCUUUAAGUCCAUCACGGUGGAGUGUUAUACUUUAUCAUGGUACAGCUUUAAGUCCAUCGCGGUGGAGUGUUAUACUGUAUCACUGUACAGUUUUUAAGUCCAUCACGGUGGAGUUUUAUACUGUAUCAUAGUACAGCUUUAAGUCCAUCACGGUGGAGUGUUGUACUGUAUCAUGGUACAGCUUUAAGUCCAUCACGGUGGAGUGUUAUACUGUAUCACUGUACAGCUUUAAGUCCAUCACAGUGGAGUGUUGUACUGUAUCAUGGUACAGCUUUAAGUACAUCAGGGUGGAAUGUUAUACUGUAUCACGGUACAGCUUUAAGUACAUCAGGGUGGAGUGUUAUACUGUAUCAUGGUACAGUUUUAAGUCCAUCCGUGAGAAUGUCAACAUUGUAUCGAAGUGAGGCCGGUUUAAGUAAUGUUGCAUAGUGAUCCGAACAACCAAUUUUUUGUUUUGUGCAUGAAUAUUGGUGAACAUGAUAUGAAUGUUUGUAAUUUUAUAAGUCAAGUGUGUUUUUCAGGCAAAAUUGAGAAAAACAGAUAUUUUCGCUCAUUUUGGUUGUUAUUUUAAUUUGUAAUAAGCAUGGUGUUAUUAGGUAUUACAAGUAAUACCUGAAAUGAUUUUAUAUCUUAUAUACAUAUCUGUUAUUUUCAGAUAAUCCGUUAUUCUGUAAAUAUGUGUACACUAUGUGUAUACCAGUUUUAUACCACAGCAAUAUAAUGCCCAUAUUUGUACAUUUUAUUUUGUGUACAUAUAUUGUAAAAUACUUUGUGCCUGUGACUAUGUGUUCACUAUACUUACAAUUCUGUAAAGUCACGAUGGAGUUACCUCUCCUUAUGCUGUACAGGUUGUAGGCCUUAUAAAUCACUUUUACAUGCAGAUUUUAAGAAUAGUUGCAAUUGAAUUCUUAAUACAACAUUGUAGCUUUAAAUUAGUGGAAAUAUGUUUUAAAAAAUAGAAAUUGUGUAGAUAGAUAGGAUAGAUUUGUUUAUACCAUAAAUACAAUGAUCAUCAAUUAACAUCAAAUACUUUACAACAUAUAUAUAUAUAUAUAUAUAUAUUUUAGUCCAUUAUCUAAUGAUUUAAUUUUACCAGAUAGAAAACCUGAAAUUAUAAUAUAAAAUUAUUGGAGAUAUAGUGAAAAUAUUAAAACCAUAGUUUGAUAUCAUAUUAUAUGAUUUAAAAAAUUGCAAAAUGAUUAUGGGAAAAUGUUCAGAGCUCAAUCUGUUGCCUAGUGGGAUUCCUUUUCUCCAUACCCAUUGCCCUUCUAUAUUUUCAUUAUUAGAGGUCAAAUGCAUAAAAUUUGACUUUUUUUUAGACUUUGGACUUCAUCACGCAGGAAUGGAGACUUACACAUUUCACAAACAUAGAAUUUUAUAAUGAGGACUUUAUUUUAUAACAGCAAUUUUACUGGAGAUUUUAUUCUAUUGAUGGAGCAGAACUUACAUCUUUUACAUUGGUUUUACAUUCACUUUGCCAUCACUGUGGGAGAUAUUUUAUAAAAUCACCUUCCAUAUUGAUGAAUAGAGUAUUUUUUACCGUUCAUGACUUGACACCAGCCUUGUUGGCCAUUGGCAGCAUUCAUUCUUGCUGUUCAUUGUCACCUAUUGGAGUGAUCAUGUGUAGAAAAUUUGUUAUAUUUGUGUUCAAAGUGAACAAUCAUAUCAACAUUAACUUCAGAAGGAACCUGACUAAAUCAUUUCUUCAUUUUCAUUAUUACAAAUUUUAUGAUAUUUAUCUUCAAGGUUUUAAUAAUAUUUUCGCAAGUAUUUAUGAUAUUUUAUAAUUUCCCUGUUAUUAAAAUGGUAUUACUUGUUUAUGGAAGGUAUCUCUAGUAUGCAACUGUUACAUUUGUGAUCUCACUUCAUUUUUAUACAAGAGAAUGAGUAUUUUUACAUUUAUGAUUGAAUUUAAGAGAGAGAAAGUAUUAAUAUCAACAGAAACAUUGAAUGUAUUAUACCAAAAAUUAAUGACUGACCUGAGUGAUACCCAGAUAAGCUAUUUGGUGUAUUGUCUAUAAUGGUACCUAGGUAACCUACCAUGGCAUUUUAUAUAGAUCUACCCAAUAUAUUGUGUAAUGGUACCAGAGGAAAUUAUGUCUUGUACCCAAUAUUGUCUAAUGGUAACAGGGGUAAUUAUUACAUGUACCCAAUAUAUUGUCCGAUGGUACCAGGGGUAAUUAUUUUAUAUACCUAUCCAAUAUAGUGUCUAAUGGUACCAAGGACAUUUUUUAUGUACACAAUUUAUUGCCAAGUGGUACCUACAGAAAUUAUUUUUCUGAGUAUAUACCCAAUGUAUUGUCUAAUGGUACCUAGGGAAAUUAUUUUAUGAACCAAAUAUAUUGUCAACAGUGGUACCUAGGUAAUCUAUUUAAUGUACCCAUUAUAUUGUCUACAGUGGUACCAAGGUGAUCUAUUAUGUACCCAAUAUAUUGUCUAUAGUGAUACCUAGGUGAUAUAUUUUAUAUAUACUCUCAACAUUUGCCCAGCUAUAGUAGAACGGUAGAACCUAGGUUAUUUGUUCUAUGCACAUCAAUACAUUAUUUGACAUUGGUACCAAGGUAAUCUGGAGUCAUUACCGUAGAAAUAUAGCAAGUGCUAUCCGUGAAAAUAUUGUUGACCUUGAGGAUGUUUCAAGCUUGAGGUCAUCACCAUCAAAAGUUGUACUUAUUUUGGAAACACAAACAUGAAAAAGUUAUAUUGUGAGGAUGUUCUAAAUCUGACAGAAUUAAAGUAGAUGGAUUAUUAUAUAUGAAUAUGAUCACAUAGAAUUAAAGUAGAUGGAUUAUUAUAUAUGAAUAUGAUCACAUAAAAUUAAAGUAGAUGGAUUAUUAUAUAUGAAUAUGAUCAUAUGAUCAUGUGAUCAUCCCAGUUCAACUUUUGCUUUGCAGACAUUUGAAAUAUGAUGAAUGUGAAUGUAAAAAACUGGUACUUUCAAUUUUAGAUCUGGCCACAGGAUCAUAAAACAAACUAAAUUCUGAAAUUGCCUUAAGUUUUGAUUUAGCCAAUCACAGAUAAUGUUAUGGAGGACACGCAUGGUAGUUAGAUAAAAAGUUAAGUCUUAAAGUUUCAUGAUCCUGCUGGUAUACAAAUGUACCAGAUGUUACUUCUGUCCAAAAUAAAAACUAUAAUAUUUUGAUAUGUAUGACUAGGCAUGCCUUUCAGUCACACACUUCUUGUGAUAUUAGAGAUGUGCUCCCCUACUAUAAUACUAUAUCUCGUACAAGGUAUGCAUGUCUCUUUAUAAACUAAUGAUCAGUAUUCUCUUUAAUAUGAUGUAUUUUUAUUUGUGUUUUAUGUGAUGUCUAUCACACUGUCAGAAAUAUUAUCGUAACAACACAACAUUUUAAUGUAGAGAUCAAAAUAAUGUGUUUCAUAAGUCUCAUAUGAUGUGCUUUAUAUAUGACUAAUGAUUACCAGUUAAUAAAUGACAUUCAUAUACAAUGUACAACUGUCAUUCAAAUUCCUAAUAUCUGUAAUACAGAAGCUUUAAUUUGGUUUGAUUUGAUUGAAUAUUAAUUAGCAUGGAGAAAGAAUUCUAGAGUCAUUAUUCAGUGUUUUCCAUAAAACAUUCCUAGUAAGCAAUAGUUGUAUUAUUCCAAUUACAUAUGAUGUAAACCAAAAUAACAUUCCCACUUAGCAAUAAUUGUAUGUGUACAAGAGAAAUAUAACUUGUCCAUGUAAAAGUGUUCAUAUUUGUUUACCAUUGAUAUACUUAUAUACAUACGUAUUUUAUAUGCACUUACAAUACAAUUAAAUUCUUUAUAUCUGUA